GAGCUAGAUAAAAAAUUGCCCGACUCAUCUUCGUCGUUCUCAGCAUCUCUCCCUCUUAGAAUUAGGCGGCAUUGUUCCUCCUUCCACAGACGCAGGGCUUGUGAGUGGAGAGCCUGAAUCCAAAGGCGAGAAAGCUCCAUUCUGCUUUCGGUUUGCUGAGCGACACCCGCAUUUGUACAAAGAGAUUUUUUUUUCUUCUUCUAGGGUUUCGCCGCCUCCACCUGAAGGGCUUGCACCGCCGAAUCUCGACGACUCUUCUUCUCUCCCCGGCUGAAAAAGGCGGCGGAUUUGAAACUCGUGCACUUCGGCUAGGUUUGGUAAUCAUGACAGCUGAAAAAGAGAACCCUCUGCCACCAUCAACUUUACCAGUAGCUGAAUCUUCAGCUGCUGUGUCUGAAGAUCAAACCAUGGUUGAUGCCAUCCUUGUUCAACCCGUUGUACCACCACUAGUGUCGCCUGCCACUACUCCAUUUGUGCCUCUCAUGGCUCCACUACCUACCCUUGCUCCUCCUAUACCUCGCCCGUUAGCCCCUCUCCCUCCUCGCCCCGCUCUACCUAAACCUCAGGCACCACAGGAUGAUCAACCGGGAACAAGUGACUCGGAUUCUGACCAAGAUGAUUCGAGCCCAGCCGGUAAUGGGUCAACCGUAGGCUAUGAGGCUUCGGAAGAGAGCCUAAUUAUUCAAGAGAGGCAGCAAAAGGCAAUUCAGGAGCUCAUGAUGAAGCGCCGUGCUAAUGCUCUCGCUGUUCCGACCAAUGACAUGGCGGUCAGGACACGGCUUCGUAGGCUCGGUGAACCCAUAACACUCUUUGGAGAGAGAGAGAUGGAGAGACGGGAUCGUUUGAGAAUGCUUAUGGCGAAGUUGGACUCUGAAGGGCAGUUGGAGAGGUUGAUGAAAGCUCAUGAAGAAGAGGAGGCUGCAUCGACCUCAACAGGUCAAGAUGCUGUGGAAGAAAUGCUUGAAUACCCGUUUUAUACAGAAGGAUCCUGGGAACUCCAUGAGGCCAGAGUCAGCAUUGCUAAAUAUUCGAUUGUGAGGGCGGCAAGGCGGCUUCAGAGUGCCAGAAGGAAACGUGAGACCCCAGGGGAAGAUGAAGAUAGUGAGAUCAAUUCUUCAUUGAAGCAAGCUGGAAAUUUGGCUCUUGACUGCAGCGAGUUUGGAGAUGAUCGACCCCUCUCUGGUUGCUCCUUUUCCAAGGAUGGAGAAUUUCUGGCCACCUGUUCAUUAACUGGAGUUGCAAAAGUGUGGAAAGCACCUCAAAUAAGUAGAGUUUCUACCUUGAAGGGUCACAAGGAACGGCUGACUGAUGUGACAUUCUCUCCUGUGAACAACUGCUUGGCAACAGCAUCAGCUGAUCGAACUGCAAAAUUGUGGGAUACUGAUGGAACUCUUCUGAGAACAUUUGAGGGCCACUUAGAUCGUCUCGCACGCAUCGGAUUUCAUCCAUCUGGAAAAUACAUUGGCACCACAAGCUUUGACAAGACGUGGAGAUUGUGGGACGUUGAUACUGGGGUGGAAUUGCUUCUUCAAGAAGGCCACAGCAGAAGUGUCUAUGGGAUCGCCUUCCAUCACGAUGGAUCAUUGGUAGGAUCUUGUGGACUGGAUUCCCUUGCUCGUGUGUGGGAUCUUCGUACAGGGAGAAGUGUUCUAGCCUUGGAAGGCCACGUUAAGCCGGUUCUUGGUAUGAGUUUUUCUCCCAAUGGCUAUCAUCUGGCUACUGGAGGUGAAGAUAAUACUUGUCGAAUCUGGGAUUUGAGGAAGAAAAGGUCGUUGUACGUGAUUCCAGCGCACUCGAAUCUCGUAUCUCAUGUGAAGUUUGAGCCUCAAGAAGGGUAUUUCUUGGUCACUGCAUCAUAUGACACGACUGCCAAGGUCUGGUCAGGAAAGGAUUUCAAGCCUGUCAAGACUUUGUCAGGGCAUGAGUCCAAAGUAACAUCUUUGGAUAUAACUCCAGAUGGAGAAUGUAUUGCAACCGUCUCGCAUGAUCGGACCAUCAAGCUGUGGUCAAGUAGGAGCAGUGAGAAGGAGGGUAUGGACGUUGAUGACUGAGCUCGGCGACAGAACGAGACAGGUUUUUCUGAUUGGUUUUGAUAUUCGGCCUGGUUUCUAACCCGGUCAGUUUCUGUGUAAGGGCCUUGUGUUCCGUCCCCUUUUUUUCCCCCCUGGAAAUGCUUCAAUUCCAGAAUGUUGGGAUAUCUCUUCCUGUAGGUCCAAACUUUAGGCAACAUAGAACGUGUUAUGUUUUACAGCUACUGAUGGCAAAUGGGUUGUAGCCUACACUCGUAAAACCAGACUACUGUUAUCUCACUCCUUUAGACAUACCGAUAAUCAGCUAUUGGCACUGGGACGACUCGGAUUAAUCACUGUUAUCGACUCGAAAAUCUGAUUGAACAGUAGUCUUCUUCCCCCUUGCAUCUGGGUUUAUCAAAUGGUUACAUGCUAAGCUCUUUCGAAGACGAGAGGUAUAUGUUUGUCG